CCCGGCUUGGCUACGCUGUCUUCUCGGAGCUGUUCAGUGCAUGGUAGAGUCUGGUACCGCCGUCGCUGUCUGCGAAGACUUCGCCGCGCCACCACGACCACCGCCACCCCCUGCCCUGCUGCCGCUGCCACCUCUGCCAUCUGUGUCGCCGCCGCCUCGGGACCGGCUGUAUGAUUAGGCCACAAUCUUCAAUGAGUAAACAUAUUCCUCAGUUCUGUGGUGUUCUUGGUCACACAUUUAUGGAGUUUCUGAAGGGCAGUGGAGAUUACUGCCAGGCACAGCACGACCUCUAUGCAGACAAGUGAACUGUAGAAAUACAUUACUACUCCGCCAAGAAGCCCCCAUAAGAGUGGUUAACCUGGACACAGAAGUGUUGAAUUGAAAUCUGCAGAGCAUUUUACAAGAUUUCUGACCUGGAUGGGGUAAACCUCAGUGCACUUCCUUUCUAUUGCCUCAGUAUUACUGGAUUGAAGAAUCGCUGCUUCUUGUUAGGAGGUUCAUUUCAUUUCCCAUUACUUCCAACUUCAUACUCAAAAGCACUGAGAAUUUCAAGUGGAGUAUAUUGAAGUAGACUCAGUUUCUUUGCACCAUUUCUGUAUUCAAUUUUUAAAUUAUUUCAUAACUCCAUUGAGUGUUUUUUAACUAAAUUAACAUGGCUCGAAUGAAUCGCCCAGCUCCUGUGGAAGUCACGUACAAGAACAUGAGAUUUCUUAUUACACACAAUCCAACCAAUGCGACCUUAAACAAAUUUAUAGAGGAACUUAAGAAGUAUGGCGUUACCACAAUAGUUAGAGUAUGUGAAGCAACUUACGACACUACUCUUGUGGAGAAAGAAGGCAUCCAUGUUCUUGAUUGGCCUUUUGAUGAUGGUGCACCACCAUCCAGCCAGAUUGUUGAUGACUGGUUAGGUCUCGUAAAAAUUAAGUUUCGUGAAGAACCUGGCUGUUGUAUUGCUGUUCAUUGUGUUGCAGGCCUUGGGAGAGCUCCGGUGCUUGUUGCCCUAGCAUUAAUUGAAGGUGGAAUGAAAUAUGAAGACGCUGUACAAUUCAUAAGACAAAAGCGGCGUGGAGCUUUUAACAGCAAGCAACUUUUGUAUUUGGAGAAGUAUCGUCCUAAAAUGCGGCUGCGCUUCAAAGACUCCAAUGGUCAUAGAAACAACUGUUGCAUUCAGUAAAAUGGGUGCAUGAUGCCAUUGCUUUGGAAGUGGAACUUGAGAUAGGACCUAAUUUGUCAUACAUAUUAGCCAACAUAUUGGCUUGAUAAAUAAAUCUAAUGAAGCUUCCAUAGGAAUACUGAAAAGCAGUUCUACCAGGCCACAAGCUUGACAGAAUUACCACCUCUAUGUUUGGGUUUCGAUCAACCUAUUGUUACACUUAAUGAAAGAUUCUUACUCUUCAGCUUUAAAAUGUGCUUAUCAUUUGUACCAUUUGACUUUUUCUGAAAUCAUGCAGUAUUGUUAUACCUUUAAAUCUAUUCCCAUGCCAGAAUCGUAUCAAUAUAUGAGAGAUUUAGAAAGAUUAGGUGCCAAAAUGUCCAGCACAGUACUUGUAUAUUUUUAGUAUCGUACAGAACUAAAAUCCCAGGAACUAUGAACAUUCUGGACCUUAUGUGUUUAAUCCCUUCAGUCAUUUCAAACAAAGUAGGACCUAUAUGGUUAUCUGCCUGCUCACUUUGUUUACAUCUCCCACAUUCAUACAAGUAUACAUCAGGUUUGCUCAACUUCUUGAUUUUUAUACCAAGUCUUAGUGAUUAUUUUAUGUCUUUCUAUAAAUACCAUUUUGUGCUGUUAUGGAAAGCCUCCAUCUUGAAAAUCUGCAUUGUACAGAAGCACAUGUCUUUAAUGUCUCCAGACAAAAGCCUUACAGUUAAUUUAAUGUUAGCACUUGGGGUGCAACUUACAGAGAGGGCCUGAGAAAAGAAUGGGAGGGGGCUAUUAAGUAUUUUUUGUAAAAUGUUGCCUUUGUCUUGUGUGGAACAUGUAGAAUAAUGCUCUUUAGUAAAUAUUUUUUUAAAGGUAAAGGUAGAGAUGCUUUGUUGUAGCUGAAACAAUUCUUAAUCAUAAAAAUUCUGAAAUUAUAUUUGUUUUCAUACAUUCUGUUUACCAGCUUUUGUUUGACAUGUGAUUUUUUUUUUCCUUCCCACCCUCUCUUGCAAAAAAAAAGUGGGUUUCUGCUAAUGAAUUGAGCAGACAUCUAAUAUUUUAUAUGCCUUUUGAGCUGUGUAACUUAAUAUUUGGAUACUUGAUAAUUUGUUUUAUUAUGUAAUUGAUAAAAUGGUGAUGUGUAUUAAUGUUAGUUCAACCAUAUAUUUAUACUGUCUGGGAAUGUGUGGUUAUAGUUCUGUGGGAGAAAUAAUUUGUCAGUGUUCACCAGCUUGUAAAAAGUCUAGUGCGAGAGCUUAAACAUCUAAAUAAAUAAUGAAAUGCA